ACUCGUUCGUGUUUGAGAAUCGCAUGGCUCGUUUAGCCCAAAAGAGUUGUUGAAAAAGAACCGAUUCUUUUGCGAGUCGCCUGUUAUAUUCUCAGAGGACGAGGAAGUGUGUGACGAGAAUUCAGAAGCACAGGUCUGACAACUCUCACAACCAGAACGUGAUUUUUCAGCUGCAGGUUCUGGGAAAAAAAAAAAAAAAAAACGUUUUCAGCUGUGAAUCGUGAAUCAGUGGCACUCUCUCUCUCACAGACAGACGCCAGUUUCGCGGCUGAGGCUGCGGCAGUCAGAGUGCGCGAGCUCACUCCGGAAAAACAGCACAGUGAGCGCGCGCAUUCUCACCAUCUGCAGGCGCGCUUAAAGGUCUGCGAAGCGUGUGUGCACUCCGGACCAAGCAAAAACGAAAAUGUGUACGCGCAACGCGUCCGCAAUGACGGAGUGGAAAACUGGAGAUUGGUGAAGUUGCAGCAGCAGCAGCCGCAGCAGCCGCCGUGCGUGACAAUGCAUCGGAUAGUGCAGAGGAGGCGUGCAGGGCCGCUCCGCUCCGCGUGGUCGCUGCUCGGUGCCGUGGCGCUCGCGCUCGCCGCCUCCAGCGCCGUGUUCACCGCAUGGACGUGGCGACAAACCCGAGACCUGACCAGGUCCGUCCAAAAUCUGCGCGACCGCUUGGAUCAGGUGAAUUUGCAGCGCAAGGCUAUUGUCCAGCUUUUCCUGGAGAAGAGGGAGCUGCUGGAGAGCCUGCGAGUGAAGAGAGAAGCUGGAGGGGCAAAAGGAAAAAAUGGAAAUGGAAGGAAGGUGGCCUCUCACUUUGAGAUAACCAAAGAUUCCGUCAAAACAGUGGGGGAUGAGGGAAUCAUUAAAGGAUGGACAGAGCAGUACCUGAAUAUGACUCAAGCCGUGGAGUAUAACACAGAGACUGGCACUUUUAAAGUAGUUCGGAGGGGUGUCUACUUCCUUUACUGUCAAGUGCAUUUCAGUGAGCAAGAGAGUCAGUAUGUGAAGCUGGAAGUGACUGUCCCUCAGGGCCCCUCACUUCAGUGCAUGGAGGGUUACAGCACCACUCCAACCACAGGUUUUAAACAGUUCCACUUCCUGAAGCCGUGCCAGGUUUCUGGCCUCCUGCUCUUAGAGAAAGGCGCUGAGCUCAAGGCUGUGACCGGACGUAAGUUCACCCUGCAGGACUCAGGCAAACAUUAUUUCGGCCUCUUUAAGGUGAACUAGUGGAUCAGCCACACAGUUCAGCCUCAUUGACUGCAUCUUUUUUUGGAGGUCUACCACAGUCGAUACUCACUGGCUGGACGAACCAUUGUUGGUUCUUUUGUUAAAUGAGUUAAACAUCUGUGUUUUUUUUUUUUUUUUUUUAAAUCCGACACAUUUGAUAGGGUCCAUGCAGUCAUGGAGAAUGGCUGUGACUGAGACAAGGAUGUUUCCAGUAGCACCUGGGAGUAGUUAAAUAAUGACUGUACACAUACUGGUGCCCUAAAUAUGGUACUAAUCAAGAUGGUAAAGACUAGUAGACCAUGACUGCUGGACAGUUACAGUGGAUCUUUUCUGGAUUGCUUUGGUUUGGACAUAAGUGCAUAAACACUGACUUCACCAACUGUGCUUAAACGUUUACUUGUAGCCUGAUAAGGACAUUGUUCCAGACACAUGGCUGCCUUCCCUAAACAGUGGCAUGGGCAGGUUGAACAGAAGGUUCAGUGUUGGUGGUGUUAAGCCUGGACAUUAAAAGGUGGACAUGUGAGAUUUCAUCAUCGGGAUCAAACAUUUGCUCUGACUAACAUACGGUUGUCAUUGGAUCAGUUCAACUUUGAAGAUUUUGAGUUAUCAAGUACACACUAAGUAGUACUCCUUAUAUGUCCUUAUUACUGACCUUCACAGACACUUCAACUAAAGCUUUAAGUGCCUAGUAUAUUGUUAUAUAUUUUUUUAUAAGAUUGUGAAAAUACAGUACAGAUUGGCAUGAAGUGGUGGUAUGUUAACAACUUACAGUACUGCACUUCCAUGUGUUCAUUGCUAUAGAUAAAUCUUGUAAAGUCACAAUAUACCUAUGUUGUUUUUUUAAUACAAUGCACAUUCAAUUUUUAAAGUUUUUUAGAGGUAAAGUUACAGAUUUUAUACCAACUUUAUUGCAUUUAAUCUCACUGGUUAAUCAUGCGUGAAACAACUAGCAUUUCAUUUUAAGCAACGUAUGUCAGUGUCUCUUGGCCUUAAGACUACCAUAAAAAUGACAGUUUAAUUAGGUCUGAAAUUGAAUGUUUGCCAUUUUAAAUGUUUGUUCUGAUUGGAUUUCCUAAUCAUACCUCAGCUUCCCUUUUGUAUAUCUGCACCCCCAUUGUUUCCCCAUGCCCUCGACUCUCACUUCCUUUAUCAUCUCAAGUAAAUAGCCAAAAAACUUGGAGCAGUAACAUAUUCCCAUUUGUCUCCCCCGUCUAGUCCUUCCCCCCUUCUUCCUCUUGCCAUUAUUCUUUAUUUCCACUUUUUGGGGUUGCUCCUUGCACACAAUCCACAUUUGGAUUGCUGCAGGGGUUUCUGCUGUUCAGAAACGGCAUCCAAGAUAAACUCAUCUGGGUUGAGGUGAAGUGUGGAAUGGCUGUGUGUGUGAAUGUAGAUGCGUGAUCAGGGUAACUGCAAUGGCAGUUGAAAUUUCACAGCUCAUUUGCCUGAAUCUUAACUAAUAUGUACAUGAUGUACUUUUUAAUUUGAUGGACCUUAAACUAUCUCUUUGACCAUUAAAAACUGGUUGAAUGAAUUAUACUAUUACACAAAGCCAGAGAGUUCAUAAUGGCCAAACUGAAUGUGUAUGAGAGGUUGCAGUUUCUAUUUGUUAUAACUGUCAUAAAUUGAUUUUACACAAUAAAUAUGGUUAAAAAAAGUUGGUAAAAUACAUUGGCUUCUUGUUUACCAGUAUAUAUAUGGUGUUAAUGGCCAGGUUCUGACUCAUCAUGUGUGUGACACUAGGCAUU